AUGCGAGCAUCGAAUGAGCGCAAGCGCAAGGCGCGCGCUGAGCAGAAGGCGAGCGAGACGCCCGAGGAGGAGGCGGCGCGACAGGAAAAGCAGCGCCUUACCAAAGCCACUGCGCGCGCCGUCGAGAAGGCCACCGAGACGCCCGAGGAGGAGGUGGCGCGACUAGAAAAGCAACGCCUUAGCGAAGCCACUGCGCGCGCCGUCGAGAAGGCCACCGAGACGCACGAAGAACAUGAUGGCGAGCUCAAAUUGCUUGCCGACCGGAUCCUUGCCGACACAUCUACUAGUAUCGACGCAGCUACAAUCGGCAAAAUCGCCGCGUCGCAGAACUUUACCAAGCACCCAAAACUAGCGAUCGCAGCCUUCCACCUCUGCUCGGGCAACCCCGACGCUCAUAUGUGCAACGACGAGUCACUCAACGGCCCUGGUGGUCGGGAAGAGAGUGCGCGCCAGCGAGAUGCCGGAUCCGGGCGCAUCGCUGCAUGUGCCUCGUUCAACAAGGCACUCUACGAAUGCGAAGUUCAGAUUGUUGACGCUGGGCCUGUCGAACACCUACCCGCAGUUUUUCGCCUUGAUGACUUCCAAGGUUCUCGGCUGCCGCGCGACAGUAAGCUCGUCUCCGAAGUUGUGUCGGUGCUCCGCGUUGAUGGUGUGCACUAUCAUCUGAACCCGAGCCUCGUCCCCGACAAGAGCAACGUUGUGCUGUGCUUGGCAUGCGCCAAGGACCCGACUGCAGGGUCUCGCAACGCCGCGCCCUUCAGUAUCGCCAAGGGCCACGACUACGGGUGGUGCGAGACGCUGCCAAAGAUCUGCGACGCUACCUUGUGCGCGUGCCAUUGA